GUGUGUUUUUGUGUGCGCACCCACCUGUGGUCCGAAAAUAAAAUGUGUGUUCAGGGGGUGCAAAGGGAGGGAGGGAAGCAGCAGAGCUUUGAGCAGCAGUUGGAAUUCAGCAGCCUCUCUGCUUGUCUCCUUCCCAGCGUUUAUUAAAAUUGUCCGGCCUCCCCAAGGACGACAUUUGGAUCCACCCCCGAGACGUUUGCGCUGCGAUCCCGUCGGCGCGCCAUGCUGCGCGUGUUCAUUCUGUGCGCGGAACGCCUGCAAACGCCCGAUGACGACGUCAGCGACGCCUACUGCGCCGUCAGCCACGAAGGCUCGAAGAAGAAGACCAAGGUCAUCAAGAAUAACCCCAACCCGGUCUGGAACGAGGGCUUCGAAUGGGAUCUGAAGGGGGUUCCUUUGGAGCCGGCGGCCGAGCUUCACUGCGUCGUCAAGGACCACGAGAAGAUGGGGAGGAACAGGUUUCUGGGCGAAAGUCGUCUGGCCGUCAGAGACGUGCUCAGCUCCCCCGGCCUGGCCGCGUCCUUCACCCUCCCUCUGCUGGACACCAAGAGGAACAACACGGGGGCGACACUGACCCUGCAGGUUUCCUACAUCCCGCCUCCGGGCUCAGCUCCCAUCUUCCAGUCCCCGUCGCUGCCUCACGGCAACCCGAACGUGGAGCUCGACACCGUCACAAUGAUCUCCUUGGACACGCUGGGCGACGGGGACACGGAGAGCAUGAUCAUGCUGGAGGUCCCGGAGGAGACGGGCGAGGACGACGGGCGCUCCGUGGUCCUGGUCGGCCCCCAGGGGACUCAGGGCCGAGAGUCGCCCGCCGCCCAGAUCCCCAAACGCUCGCCGCCGUCUCGCAACACCCAGAGAGGGCUGAAGAGGAGGCGGAGGGGCGCCAGCAGUCGCCCCAAACCGCUGGCCAACAAGCCUCAGGACAUUCAGGUCCGCGUGCGGGUCAUCCAGGCUCGGCAGCUGCCGGGCGUCAACGUCAACCCGGUCGUCAAGGUGACGGUGGGCGGGCAGAGCAGGAGGACGCGCAUCCGCAGAGGCAACAACCCCACUUUUGACGAGACUUUCUCCAUGAACUUCUUUGAGACGCCGUCCGACUUGUUGGACGAGCCCAUCUUCCUCACGGUGAGUGUGCGACGCGCGUCCUUCCGAACGGACGGCGUCAUCGGAGAGUUCAAGCUGGACGUGGGCGCGGUCUACGGCGAGCACCGGCACUGCCACCUGAGGAAGUGGCUGCUCCUCUGCGACCCCGACGACCCGUCGGCCGGGGUCAGAGGUUACCUGAAAGUCAGCCUGUGGGUGUUGGCCGCCGGAGACGAGCCGCCGGCGGACGACCGCCAGUGUGCGGAGGACAAGGAGGACAUCGAGGGGAACCUGCUGAGGCCCGCCGGUCUGUCCGUCAGAGGAGCCGCCUUCACCCUGAGGGUCUUCAGGGCCGAGGACCUUCCUCAGAUGGACGACGCCCUCAUGGACGGGAUGAGGCAGAUUUUCGGAUUCGACAGCAACAGGAAGAACUUGGUGGAUCCUCUGGUGGAGAUCCACUUUGCCGGCAAAACAGUCUGCACCAAGGUUCUGGAGAAGACCGCCAAUCCGCAAUGGCACCAGAGCCUCACGAUGCCGAUCCGGUUUCCGUCCAUGUGCGAGAAGAUGAGGAUCCGACUUCUUGACUGGGACCGAGCCAGUCACAACGAUGUCAUCGGCACCGCCCACCUGUGCAUGUCCAAGAUCUCGGCGCCCGGAGGGGAGAUUGCGGUGGACGACGCGCUCGGAUUCCUGCCCACGUUUGGUCCGUGUUUUGUCAACUUGUACGGCAGUCCCAGAGAGUUCAGCACCUUCACCGACCCCCACGAAGCCCUGAAUCUCGGAACGGGUGAGGGCGUGGCCUACCGGGGUCGGGUUCUGCUGGAGCUGAGCACAAAGCUGGUGGACAAACCGGAAGCCAAAAAUGAAGACAUCUCGUCCGACGAUCUGCUGCUGGUGGAGAAAUUCCUCCGAAAGAGGAAGUUCUCGCUCUUUGUGGCCUUUUAUUCGGCCACCCUCCUCCAAGACGUGGUCGACGCCGUCCAGUUUGAGGUCAGCGUGGGGAACUACGGCAACAAGUUCGACUACAGCUGCCUGCCGCUGGCGUCCACCACGCAGUUCAGCGGGGCCGUGUUCGACGGUUGUCACUACUAUUACCUCCCGUGGGGAAACGUGAAGCCGGUGGUGGUUCUGUCGUCGGCGUGGGAAGACAUCGCUCCGAGGAUCGAGGCGCUCAACAUGCUUUUGGCCGUCCUGGAGCGACUGGAGGCCAACCUGCAGCGGGUGCAGCUGGAAAUGAAGGCGGGAAGCGAAAUGGGGGAGCUGGAGCUGCGAGUGGUGGAGCUGUUGGAUCAGGUGAUCGCGGACUGCAGUCAGGAGCUGCCCGCUCUGGACCGCUGGCCCUGCGCGACCCCUCUGGACCGCUCGCUCCGACACGUUCGCGCGCUGCACCUGCAGCGGAUCGCGGCAGCCGCGCUGGCCCUCAAACACGGGCCGGCCACGGAGCUUUCGGCGGUCAUGGAGCAGGCGGAGGACUGGGCCGGCCGCCUUCGGAUCUUGGCCGAGGAGCCUCAGAACAGCCUUCCCGACGUCGUGAUCUGGAUGCUGCAGGGCGAGCGACGGGUGGCGUACCACCGCAUCCCGGCCCACACGGUCCUCUACUCCGAGCGACACGGGGGCAAACAUUGCGGACAGCUGCAGACCGUCUUCCUCAAAUAUCCUCAAGGCGGCGGCGUUGAAGGAAAACUCCCGGCUCAGCUCCGGGUCAAAGUGUGGUUCGGACUGGCCGCGGACAACAAACACUUCAACCCUUACGCCGAGGGAAAACUGUCCGUGUUCGCCGAGACGUACGAGAACCAGACUCGGCUGGCCCUUGUGGGCGGCUGGGGCACGACGGGUCUUACUUGCCCCAAGUUCAGUGACGUGACGGGAAAGGUGAAACUGCCCAAGGAGACUUUCAAACCCUCGCCUGGCUGGACCUGGGCCGGGGAUUGGUACAUAAGCCCCGAGAGGACACUGUUGUUUGAGGCGGACGCUGGUCACAUGACCUACACGGAGGAAGUCUUUGAAAACCAGAUGAGGCUCCCUGGCGGCCAGUGGAUCGGCUUGCCCGAGGGAUACACCGACGUGAGCGGGGAGAAGGCCGUCCCCAAAGACGACGUGGAGUGUCCGCCGGGCUGGCUGUGGGAGGAGCCGGAGUGGAGCGAGGACCUCAACAGGGGCGUGGACGACCACGGCUGGGAGUACGGCCUCACCGUUCCGCCGGACCGCCGGCCCAAGUCCUGGGUCCCCGCCGAGAAGAUGUACCACACCAACCGGCGGAGGCGCUGGACGCGCUUGAGAAGGCGGGACCAGCAGAAGAUGGAUGCCCUCAGAAAGCAGCGUCCCGACGAUUCGGCGCGCGAGGGCUGGGAGUACGCCUCGCUGCUGGGCUGGAGGUUCCACCUGAAGCCCAGGAAGACGGACAGCUUCCGGAGGCGUCGGUGGCGCUGCCGCAUGGAGCCCCUGGAGAAGACGGGCCCGGCGGCCAUCUUCGCUCUGGAGUGCUCCCUGAGCAGCGUCGAAGACAAACACGACGACAAGUCCGUCACCAGCACCUUUGGCGUCAACAGACCCACCGUUUGCUGCGUCUUUGACCGGGGCACCCGCUACCACCUGCGCUGCUACAUGUAUCAAGCCCGGGACCUGCUGGCCAUGGACAAGGACAGCUUCUCCGACCCCUACGCCGUCGUGUCCUUCCUCCAUCAGUCUCAGAAGACGGUUACGGUGCGCAACAGCCUCAAUCCCACCUGGGACCAGACACUCAUCUUCUACGAUGUGGAAAUUUUCGGGGACGCUGAGGCCACGGUGGCCGACCCCCCGCAGGUGGUGGUGGAACUUUACGACCGGGACGCAUACGGGGCCGACGAGUUUAUGGGUCGCUGCGUGUGCACGCCCUCGAUGAGCCACUCGCCUCGGCUGGCCUGGUUCCCGAUCCGGCUCGCUGACAAAGACGCCGGCGAGCUGUUGGCGGCUUUCGAGCUCGUACGGUGGGAGAAGCCGGCAGUUCACCGCGUGCCAGGCCUGGAGGCUGACGUCGGGACCUCCAGCCGCGUUCUGGAUGAGCUGCUGUUCCCGGGAUUCCUGUGUGACAGCGUGCAGACGCAGUCGGAGGAGCCAGACCUGCCGUGGCUGCCGCCCCAGAGGGAGCUCGGCGUCUUCGUGGUGCCUCAGGGGAUCAAACCCGUCCUGCAAAGAACCGCCAUCGAGGUGUUGGCUUGGGGCGUCCGCAACCUGAAGAGCUUCCAGUUGGCCAGCGUCAGCUCUCCGAGCCUGCAGGUGGAAUGCGGCGGCUCCGCGGUCCAAAGCUGCGUCAUCCGCAGCGUGAAGAAGAAGGCCAACUUUGACGUCAACGUCCUCUUCCUCGACGUGAGACUCCCCGUGGAGGAGCUCUACACGCCCCCCAUCGUGAUCAAGAUCAUCGACAACCGUCAGUUUGGCAGGAAGCCCGUGGUGGGCCAGCGCACCAUCCGUUCCCUGGAAGAGUACCGCUGCCCGCCCGGGGCGGAGGAGGCGGACGCGGACGCGGAGGCGGAGGCGAGGGAUCCGGCGCAGGCGGACGAAGGCCGAGGGCGGGUGCCCCGCGCGCUCAGCGGCGACGCCUUCAUCACCGUCGGCGACGAGGAGCCACUCAUCGCGCAUCAGGAAGACGAGGUGGUGGACUGGUGGAGCAAGUGGUACGCCUCGACGGGAGAGACCAACAAGUGCGGGACGUACCUGGAGCGAGGCCGUGACGCCCUGCAGGUCUAUGAUGGAGAGUUGGAGAAGGUGGAGGGAUUCGAGGGUCUUUGGGAUUUCUGUCAAACCUUCACGCUGUACCGAGGAAAGAUGCAGUCGGACAGCGAAGACCCUUCGGUGGUGGGCGAGUUCAAGGGCAUGUUUAAGAUCUACCCCUUGCCCGAAGACCCCUCGGCCCCCGCGCCCCCCCGAAAGUUCAGGAAGCUCCCCCCCAACGGCGUGGAGGACUGUUUGGUCCGCGUCUACAUUGUCCAGGCUCGAGGACUUCAGCCCAAAGAUGCCAACGGGAAGUGCGACCCCUAUGUGAAGAUCACACUUGGGAAGAAGACCAUCAAUGACCAUGAAAACUACAUACCUUGUACUCUGGAGCCCGUUUUUGGAAAGAUGUUCGAGCUGAGCUGUUCCCUCCCCCAGGAGAAGGACCUGCAAGUGGCGCUGUAUGACCACAACAUCCUGUCCAAAGACGAGAAGAUCGGGGAGACGCUCAUCGACUUGGAGAACCGCUUUCUGUCGAAAUACGGAGCCGGCUGCGGUCUGCCGCAGUCGUACUGCCUCUCGGGCGUGAACCGGUGGCGGGACCAGCUCACGCCCAGACAGCUGCUGUCAAGAGCGUGUGAGCGUCGGAACCUGCGGAAGCCCGUCUACCACAAGGACGCGGUCCGAUUCAGAGGGGUGCAGUACACCGCCGCUGAUCUCGCGGACGGACACACGUGCCAGCGCCACCUGGGCCCCAUCGAGGAGCGACUCUCGCUCCACAUCCUGAGGCAGAUGGGUCUGGUGCCGGAACACGUCGAGAGCCGAGCCCUGCGCAACCCUUUGCGGCCCGACAUCGAGCAGGGGCGUUUGAUGAUGUGGGUGGACCUGUUCCCCAAGUUCCUGGGACCCCCCGGACCCCCGUUCAACAUCACGCCACGCAAGGCCAAGAAGUUCUUGCUGCGCUGCAUCAUCUGGAACGCCAGCGACGUCAUCCUCGACGACGUCAGUGUCAGCGGGGAAAAGAUGAGCGACAUCUAUGUGAAAGGCUGGCUGGACGGCCACGAGCACAACAAGCAGAAGACGGACGUCCACUACCGCUCGCUGGACGGGGAGGCCAACUUCAACUACAGAUUCGUCUUCCCUUUCCUCUACUUGCCUGCCGAGCAGCUCUGCGUCGUGGACAAAAAGGAACAUUUCUGGAAUCUGGACAAAGCUGAAACGAAACUUGCCCCCAGACUGACUAUUCAGGUGUGGGACAACGACAAGUUCUCCUUCGACGACUACCUUGGUCACUUGGUGUUGGAUCUGAACCGCAUCAUCCGGCCCGCCAAGUCGGCGGGGAAGUGCGGCCUGCGUCUGCUGGAGCAGCCGGCCGACCCGCGGGCGUCUCUGUUCCGGCAGAGGACCGUCAAGGGUUGGUGGCCCUGCAUCCGCGACCAGGACGGACAGAAAGUCCUUGCAGGGAAGGUGGAGAUGUCGCUGGAGAUUGUGACGGAACAAGAAGAUGAGGAGAGGCCGGCCGGGCUGGGGCGAGACGAGCCCAACGUCAACCCCCACCUGGAAGAGCCUCGGCGACCCGAGACUUCCUUCCUGUGGUUCUCGUCCCCCUACAAGACGAUGCGGUUCAUCCUUUGGCGACGAUUUAAAUGCUUCAUUGUCCUCUUCCUCAUCCUCUUCCUCGUCCUCCUCUUCCUCGGGGUCUUCCUCUACUCCUUUCCGAACUACGCCGCCAUGAAGAUGGUGGGGCCGUUCGGACCGGCUCGGGUGGCGGAGUGACCUGGAAGAGAAGUCUUCCGUCAGAAGCGCCGGCGGUGACGCGCGCCGCUCUGGUCUGCGUCACGCCGGUCUCCCUCGUGGCGUCUCUCAUCUCUCUUUCCGUUUCAUGGGCUCCUCUCACGCGGCGAGGCGAGCGGACGGAGCGCAGCCAGCGCGAGUUGAACCCUCGCCACGGAAUCGGAGAUGGAUUCUGAUGUUGCGAGCGCCUGCUGCGACGGCGAGGAAAACUUCCAAAUGGCCUCGUUAUUCUCUUUGAAUGUCAGUUUUGAGCGCUGCUGUGUUCAGAUCUUCAUUUCCUCUUCCUCAUCCCCCUCAGAUGCUUCUUUUUCCCUUCUUCGUGGCUCCCGUCAUCAUCCUCAGCAUCAGCGGGAGAAGAGGUGGAUCAAGCCACUGAUGGAAAAGUUCGUCUGUGAACUCGACCUAAGUGGAAAACUUGACUUGGUCGGCUCGCCGGCCUUGUAAACAAAAGUCCCAUUGAGCGCUCAAACGUUGGAAAGACGUUUGGGACCGCAUUGAUCUGCCAGGUCCAAAGCUGGUUGGCGCUUAUUAUUUCUGCCCCCGCCCCCACCUUUCACUCACUUUGUUUGGUUCCAUUCGACUUAUCUCCUUUGUUUAGCCGGUUUAGCCUGUCCCACCGGGCUCUGAAAGCCAACUUUGUGUCGCGUACGUCUCUCUCGGCUGUAUUAUCAAUAAAAAUCGAGCGGACAACAUGGGCUCCUGUUCUGACCUGACCUGGUUGUGAACUCCCCGGCAAAGCCUUUCGGGAGUGAUCUGCGUCCGGCGCUCCCAGAGCUCCAAAUGAGGCUUCCCCGCCGCCUGGCCUUUCUUCUCCACGCCUGGCGCUACCGCAUCCGGCCUCAUCCUCGGCCGCUCGCCUCGUCCUUGUCUCGUCUUUCGCCCUCGUCCUCGGGGCGUUGUUAUGGUCAUUGCGAACUGCGGGUGAACCGCCGACCGCAGUGUGUGUGUUAGCGGUGUGGGUGGGCUGCAACGGAGAUCUCUCUUUCUCCCUCCAGCUCUCUUUUUCGUGGACCUUUUGCUAGCUUCCUCCUCUCCCUCAGCAAUGACUCGUUCCUGUCUUUUCCCCCCGUGAACUCGCGUCUUUGUUGGUGUCCCUCUGGGUUGCGUUUUAGGAACCUUAAACAUCCAGAUAAUCCACUCAUUAUCGGCAUUCCUUCUCUUAUUUGAAUCCCAUGAAAAAGCAUGACAGACGGGUCGGGGUCGACCAGAUGUUGUGGAAAAUGGCUCCGGGCGAUCGUGCGUUUUCAUUUUUACCUUUCACACGUGCGGCGGCAGACAAGAUCAAAUGUUCGCGGCUCGUAAAAACACGUCAGCAUCGCGUAUGACGACAUCGGCUCGCAAACACGAUGAGGCGUUCAUGCGGAGUUUUGCAAAGAAGUGAGACAUCUUCACGUGCGCCGAAUUGCAAAUACUUGUGUGGAAAAAAAAAAUGCUUCAGUAAAAUUAGAGUACUACUAAAAACAAUAAUGAGUGACGAAAAAUGCAGUGAGUAAAGGGAAAAUGUGGUCUGAAAAAGAAUUGCUCACGUACAGAUGACUGAAGAUUGACAUAAUUAACACAAUAUUUGUACUGCACUUGGUUACUUCCCACCACAGGUUGUUGAUGUGCUGAGCGCUGCUUUCAAAGGUGAACUUGUGGGAUGCACAUGUGUUAUUUGUUUCCUUUUGUCCAGAAUUUUACAUGCCAUGUUCCUCUGAUUAGUCCUCGCGUUAACUGGCGGCCGGGAAUGCUCGCUGGGAGAGAAAGCUGUAGAAUUUAACAAGAUUGCUAAUCACGGGAUUGUUGCGGCGUGAAGUCAGAGCGGGGCCGAGCGCCGACGGCGCCGGCGACGGCCCGCUUCGCCUCUUCCUCCGGGUCGUCGGACGGACCGAGGCGUGCCCAGACUUCAAGAAGGGCCACCAAAUAAAGUUCACAGGGGUGACGCGACCGGCUCCAUCCUGUCCCCCCACCCCCACAUACAAAAGAUGGCACAGUCCUGGAAAUUUCCCAUGUCCUGACCUUUACCCCACUGACGCCGGUCAUGGAAUGUGUGUGAGAGUCCUGGGCAGUUUUAUUCUGAAGGGACUUUUAAAAGAGAGCUCCUCCAAAAAUGAGCAGAAUGUCAGACACUUAUUUAUACUUUUUUCCCCCAUUUAUUUAUACAUUUCCCUCUUACUGAAGUACAGAGUGUGAGUACAUUUGACUCCUGUUGAUAAAUGAGGGUGUGCACACUUUUGUGUGAUGAGCGUUCCAAAUGAACCAAUAAUUUCACAGUAGAAAUUUUUGUAUAUGUAUAAAACUCUUGGUAACUUCUGCGUACGUUGGUCAUUGUUCACAGUUGCGUAAUCUUCCCGGGCUGUGAACUU